AUGGGACUCGACACAGCCAGCUUCCCGUUCGACGCGGCGCGCGGCACCUUCCGCCCGGCCGCCGGCCUCUGCACCGAGCGAUGCUCGCCCGAGGCCCUGGCGGCGCGCUGCGGCCGUGCGUUCACGGCCGCUCUGGAGCCGUGUCUGCGCGGCUACCGCUGCGCCCUGCUGGAGGUUCGCGCCGACUCGCUGGCCGAGUUCGGGCGCCGCGUGCAACCGCUCGUGCGGCUCAUGGCACUGCUGGCCGACGUGUGCUGCGUCGGGACUAGCGAUGCCGAGAUGCCGCAAAAGAUGGCACUGGUGUCGGACCUGUACGAGCGCCUGAUCGGCGCCUCGGAGCCGACUGAGUGGGCCAUGCUUACGCAUCUCUUCCAGAGCACCGUCUCACCGUAUUUAAGGUUUCUGACGGGCUGGCUGAUGGAGGGCAUCUGCCGUGAUCCCUACGACGAGUUCCCCGUGCGGGAGGUGCCGGAGGCCCACCAGAGCCGGGAUGAGACGUUCUGGACGUCGGCCUUCCAGCCCGUGGUGGUCGGCACCGAUAACGACCAUCCUCAGUUCCUCAAGGAUCUGUCGGGCAGCCUGUACCAGUGCGGCCGCUCGCUCAGCCUGCUGCGCCUGUGCGACCCGGACCACCCGCUGAGCCAGGCGGCGGACGAGCGCCGCGUCCGCCUGGCCUUCAGCCUGCCGCAGCUGCGCCGCAUCCACCAGCAGGUUGUCAGCUAUGAGGCUGAGAUGCAGACUCACCUGGCCAACACGUUGGCUCGGCACCUGGAGCAGCAGCAGCGGCAGCGACAGGAGCUGGAGGCGGCUGCCAGCGCUCACCGCCAGCUCACCGUCUCCUCUAUACAGGCCUAA